AUGAGCUCGGACUUCCAGCAUUACAGUUUCAGGAUGCCGAACAUCGGGUUCCAGAACCUGCCUCUCAACAUAUACAUCGUGGUUUUUGGCACUGCCAUCUUCGUCUUCAUCCUCAGCUUGCUCUUCUGUUGCUACUUGAUCAGGCUCAGACAUCAAGCACACAAAGAGCUUUACGCCUACAAACAGGUUAUACUCAAGGAAAAGGUGAAGGAGCUGAACCUACACGAGAUCUGCGCCGUUUGCCUGGAGGAGUUCAAGCCCAAGGACGAGCUGGGGAUCUGUCCCUGCAAACAUGCCUUCCACAGAAAGUGCCUCAUCAAGUGGCUGGAGGUGCGGAAGGUCUGCCCGCUCUGCAACAUGCCGGUGCUGCAGCUGGCCCAGCUGCACAGCAAGCAGGACCCCGGGCCCCCCCAGGGACCCCUCCCCGGGGCUGAGAACAUCGUAUAG